UUCAAUAUUUUUCGAGUUGGCGGUUGGCUGCGUUUUAUGCAACUACGCGAUUUCUGCGAUUCGUAGUCUUCAGUGAUCAAUGGUCCAGUGACUCGCACGGGCGGCUCUUUAAUUUGAAAUACAGACUCGAAUCGCGACAAUGUUUCACCUGAGUUUUGCCUUUAUAGGGACUCUACCUCUGGUCCUGGUCCUUCUGCUUCAGGUUAGCCAACCCACAGAUGGCUUUAUCCUGCGACUAAUAACCGAGACACUACAGAACAAUGUGGCUGGUGAGCCGAUCCUUCACGAGCGGACCCAAUGGGACUUCGAUCCAGAAGCGGCCAAACGGGCGAGAUCUCUAUACUACGAGAAGAAUGGAUUCCGUUCGGCUAAAUUCAUUGAGCGAUUGGGCGUGGGUCUAGAUGGGCGGCAUGAGGACCGGCGGCUGGAGCAAGGACAUCGCGAUGAGGGACGGCUGAACGGCGAACACAAUGUGAACUAUCCGCCUCCGCCGGCUUAGCCAUAAAUAAUUAUGAUUUA